AUGAAUUUCAUCUAUCUAUCUAUCUAUUCAUGUUCUUUUCCUAUCUAUUUCAAAUUGUUCAUAUCUAUAUCAUUUUCAUCUAUCUAUCUGAAUUCGUUCAUAUCUAUCUAUCUAUCUCAGGCUGUUCAUAUCUAUCUAUCCAUCUAUCUCAAUUUUUUCGCCUGUCUCUCUCUCUCUCUCUCUCUCUCUCUAUCUAUCUAUAUAUAUAUAUAUAUAUAUAAAUUUAUCAUAUCUAUAUCAGUUUCGUCUGUCUCUUUCUAUCUAUCUAUCUAUUUAUCUAUCUAUCUGUCUCAGGCUGUUCAUAUCUAUCUAUCUCUCUAUCUCAAUUUAUUCAUAUCUAUAUCAUUUCGUCUGUCUCUUUCAUCUAUCUAUCUAUUUAUCUAUCUAUCUCAAUUCUAUCUCUCUAUCUCAAUUUAUUCAUAUCUAUAUCAGUAUCAGUUUAAUUGUUUUUCUUCACUUUUUAUACGCAUCACCAUUCAUUCUAUUCUUUUCACAACUAGGCAUCACUUUUCUUCUUUCUUUUUUUUCCGAAGCAUCAAUUUUCUUCUUUCUACUCAUUUUGCAACUCAGCAUCACUUGUUUCUUUCUAUUCUUUUCUCAAUUAGGCAUCAUUUUUUUCGCCCUAUUCUCUUCCGAAAUAGGUAUCAUUUUCUCUUUCUUUUUUUUUCCCAAAUAAGCACCACUUUUUUUCUUUAUAUUCUUUUACAAUUAAACAUCACUUUUCUUUCUAUUCUUUUCUCGAAUAGCCAUCACUUUAUAAUUUCUAUUAUUUUCCCAGCAAGGCAUCAAUUUCCUUUCUAUUUUUAA